AUGGGCGUGACUGACGCCUCUUGCGGUACCACCAACGGUCUUGCGAGCAUCCAUACAGUAAACGUCCGCCAGUUCGCGCCCAAGACUUACCUGUCGGUCUUCAACAAAUUCGACUCGUUCUUGAAGAGGUAUCCAGAUAGUCGUACGUCUGCCUUGAUUCUGGAAACAUUCGCGAACGAUGCUCCAUUGGCUGUGCCGGAUGACUCCACGGCAUACCCAUGGAGGGACGCCAGGGGGAACUUCAUGAUCCAGAUGCGAUGGACAGGCCUAGACAACCCGUUCGGCGAGACAGCCAACGCCUUCGCGAAAAAACUGCGUGCCGAUCUCGUUGCUACGUCCGGGUAUACGGAUCUGUCAGUGUACGUCAGCUAUGCCCACGGAGACGAGACAGCUGAGCAGAAGUUUGGUCGUGAGAAGCUGCCUCGUCUCGUAACAUUGAAGAAGGAAUGGGACCCUGAGAAUGUCUUUGGGUAUUGCAACCCGCUACCCUCACGUUACGGCGAAUAG